GAGCGCGAGAAUUAAGAUUUUGAUAGCGUCAAAUUUCAACUCCAUGAUCCAUAUUCCCACACUUUUUAGGUUUUAAGGAGGUAGGCGCAACUCACACAUCUACACAGGGAAAACUCUUAACAGCUCCGAAAAUUUUCAACAUAAAUUGCGGGCUUUCAUAACCGAAUCUGGGUGCAGUUCAAUUCUCGUGACAAAGUGGAAUGCGCUUUUUUAAUUUAAAAAACAUUUAGUGUUCCACGUUUUUUUUUUUUUCAAAGGGGAACUGAGUAAAGGAUUAAGAUGAUACCUGGCAUUGUCUCAAGGCUGAAUGCUACUAUUCACUGUCGCAUUCGAGAAGCAAUAACAAGACAACAAGGAAUGCGAACAUCCUUGUACAGGAAUUCAGCUGUGUCUCUUUCUUCACUGCAUUCAACUUCCUUUUUGUCUGGUUCGAUUCAUUGCUCUUUAAGCCACAUGUUCAAUACAAAAUCAAUGGCUACUUCACCUUCCAAUGCUGUGGUGGGAGAUGUUUAUGUUGAUGAUUUGAUCUCACGUUGCGGCAGUGUGCUAGAUUUCACAAAGCCCGCUGUUGUGUACUUGAAAGAAAGAACUCAUAAAGGUCGGCUGAGAGCUAGUAUGAAUCUAAGGAUAUCACAACCUUUGUAUGGUCCUUUGAGUUUUGGGUGUUCCACUUUUGAUGCUAAUUGGAGGAUCCGGAAUUCGAGUUUGCUUCAUGGACCAUGGCUCAAGAAUUUAUCUUCCUCUUAUUCUGCUUGCUACUCAGCCCGGGCUGCACAUGAUGUCUCAUUUGAUGGCUGCCCUUCGGAUGAACAGUUUGUGAAUUCGUCUUUUUCCCCUGACAUAACUACUGUUGGUGGCAAGGCCUUAAAGAUGUAUUCAGGAUCUUGUUACCUACCGCAUCCAGAUAAGGAGGAGACAGGAGGAGAGGAUGCUCAUUUUAUUUGCACAGAUGAACAAGCAAUUGGUGUUGCUGAUGGUGUAGGUGGCUGGGCAGAUGUUGGCGUUAAUGCAGGACUGUUUGCCCGGGAACUUAUAUCCAAUUCAGUAAGAGCAAUUCAAGAGGAGCCUGAAGGUUCUUUUGAUCCAACGAGGGUGUUAGAGAAAGCUCACUCAAAUACAAAGGCCAAUGGUUCAUCAACGGCUUGUAUCAUUGCCCUCACCCAUAAGGGACUACAUGCUAUUAAUUUGGGUGACAGUGGAUUUAUUGUGGUUAGAGAUGGAUGCACCAUUUUCAGGUCCCCUGUUCAACAGCAUAACUUCAAUUUCACAUAUCAAUUGGAGAGUGGCAAUAAUGGAGGUGAUCUCCCCAGCUCUGGUGAGGUUUUCACUAUACCUGUUGCUCCAGGAGAUGUUGUUAUUGCUGGAACAGAUGGUUUAUUUGAUAACUUGUACAACAAUGAGAUAAUUGCAGUUGUUGUACCUGCAGUUAGAGCUGGACUAGAACCCCAAGUAACUGCUCAGAAAAUAGCAGCACUGGCUCGUCAGCGAGCGAUGGACAGGGAUAGGCAAACACCGUUUUCUACGGCUGCUCAGGAAGCCGGAUUCCUUUUUUAUGGCGGCAAACUUGAUGACAUAACAGUUGUUGUGUCUUACAUAUCCAGCUCAAUCAGUGAAUGAGUAUUUUUUUGCUGUGAUCAUUUUGUAUAUUCAUAUUUGUUUUUCAGUUGAUAUGCUACUGCACCUGUUUGUCAUUUUUUAACUUCAAUGACUCACUCAAGAGUCAAGACGCUGAUGAGUAAUUUUUUCUUUACAUAAAAGGGGGUCAUUGUUGCUUUACUUCCUUUGUUAGAAUUUG